AAGGCACAGUUUCCUCAUCCCCUCUCCCAGAGCUAGACUCCGCCUCCCGCCUCGUGAUGCACCAGUUCUGGCAGGAACAUUCGCGGGACUCCUCGCUGCAGGAAAUGAUGCUGGACUCGGGUGCGUUGCAGCUCACGCGGGAGGACACACCGGAGAUCCUGGCCCUCUUGCCCUCCCUGGAAAGGCAGGAGGUCUUGGAGCUGGGAGCUGGAAUAGGCCGGUUCACUGGACUCCUCGCAGGCCUGGCACGCCACGUCACAGCCGUGGAUUUCAUGGAGAGCUUCCUGAUGCAGAACCGGCAAGAGAACGGGCACCAUCCAAACAUAGUCUUCCUACAGGCCGAUGUCACUGGCCUUCAGCUGCCGAGCCAGAGCUUUGACCUCAUCUUCUCCAACUGGCUUUUCAUGUACCUCUCGGAUGAUGAACUCCGCAACGUGGCCCAGAGGAUGCUUAGCUGGCUCCGACCAGGGGGGCACCUUUUCUUCCGGGAGUCCUGUUUCCACCAAUCAGGAGACAGCCCAAGAGCUUUCAACCCCACGCUUUACCGAACACCUGCGGAGUACAACCGCCUCCUCACUUCAGCCCACAAAAUCUUUGGAGAUGAGCUCUAUGGAUUUGAUUUAGUAAUGUCCCGAUCUGUGCAAACUUACAUAAAGAGGAAGCAGAACCGCAAUCAGGUCUGCUGGCUCCUCCAGAAAGUCUCCCGAAACCACGAGGCCACGCGGGGAUACGACACCUUCCAGCAGUUCCUCGACAGCGAGCAGUACGCCGCCCGCAGCAUCCAGCGCUACGAAUGGGUCUUUGGGCCGGGAUUCGUCAGCACCGGAGGCCUGGAGACCACCAAGGAGCUGGUGUCCAUGCUGUCUUUGCAAGCCGGUCAACAAGUGCUGGAUAUCGGCUGCGGUCUCGGAGGAAGCGAUUUCUACAUGGCCAAGGAGUCUGGCGUCCAGGUCUUGGGCAUCGACCUUUCCCACAACAUGGUCGAAUUGGCUUUGGAGAGAGCUCAGAAGGAGGCUGGAUCCCUGGUGCAAUUUGAAGUCGGCGACGCCACCCGAAGGAUGUUCCCAGAGGGCUCCUUUGACGUCGUCUACAGCCGGGACACCAUCUUGCACGUGGCAGACAAGAGCACCCUCUUCGGGAGGGUUCUGGUGUGGCUGAAACCAGGCGGGCAGCUUCUCGUCUCCGACUACUGCUGUGGCCCCCGUCCGUGGUCAAAAGCCUUUACCGAGUAUGUUCGACAGAGAGGGUACAGCCUGCUCACACCCCAGGAAUAUGGCCAGGUGCUGAAGGAAGCUGGAUUCACCCAGGUCCAGGCCUUGGACCGUACAGAGAGGAUGCUGUCAGCGCUGACCCAAGAACUCCAGGAGCUGGAGCAAAAUUGGGAACGCUUUGUCCAGGAGUUCUCCGAGGACGAGUUUGAGUCCAUGGCCUCCGGAUGGCGGGAGAAACUCCAGCGCUGUGCGGAUGGGGACCAAUGCUGGGGCGUCUUCUAUGCUGUGAAGCCCCAGUAGGCCUCAUGACAGCAAGGGACAAGAUUGACCCUUUCACCCAAGCCAGCCUUGAAGAACAUUUCCAAAGAUGAAUAGAUCAUUUCUUUCCUGCUGCUCCUGGGUUGAGUUUCAAGUCUGGGCGCCUUCCUUUAGGUAUCAGGGGUUGGAAAAAGACUUCACUUUCCAGUGCGUGGAUUUUGCUGGCUUUUCAUUCAAACGGCUUGGCUUUGACACAUUCCAGAUCUGGCUGCCGAACUGAAGGCUUUUGCUUCUUCACUUUGCUUUCUGUUAUGUCCUUUCUUUCUUUUUCUGGUCUGUUUCUUUUUCUCUCUCUCUGCUUCAGGUUCUCUCUCUCUCUCUCUCUCUCUCUCUCUCUCUCUCUCUCUCUCUCUCUUUCUCUCUCUCUCUCUCUGUCUUUCUUUCUUUCUCUCUCUCUCUCUCAUAUUAGUUCCAACCCAGUUGGCUUUCUCCCCCUUGGCCCCUGCUUUUUCCCCUUCUCUAUCGCUUGAGAAUUUCAAUUCAAUUCUACUUCUCCAAUGCCUAUUACUGUCACUUGUGUUUUCAGAUAGUGGGGCCGUGCUGAGUUUUGCUUCUUUCUGUAUACAUGUAUGCAUUUUUUUUUAAACAACACCUUUUUGCUGCUUGCUAAGCACAGCAGCCUUUCUCCGUUUCCAGAGUGUAAAGUAUGUGAGUUGCUGGCCAUGCAAAUAGUUUUGAGCAGGCCAGGAACUGACAUGGUGGCUGCUGGUAUCAGGAAAGCUUUUUCAAACAGGGUGAAGGGAUACUAAGGACCAUGGGUGUGGGGACUCUCUCCCAAGCCUGCAGGCUCCCCAAAAAUAAAAUCCCUACUUCUCACCGAUCUGACGGAACCACUUUCACUCACAUUGGUUGGACCGCAAAGUGUUUCCAAGGGAGAAGGCGGACAAGAAGACUCAGAGGUCUGGGUAGACAUUUAUAUGAUGUCUAUAAGUUACAUAAUCAUCCAGGUCUUUCCGGCUUGCUUAGGAUGGCGUUGGUGGAAACCACAGAGCAGAGGAGAAGGAAUCUACUGCCUGGAGAAGCUCAAAUGUACAAAGCCCAAAUUCCUGCCCCCACAAAUCCCCACGGUUAAAAACCAGCCAAGUUACGUUGAGGUUCUGCAGUCCCACCAGUAGGGGGCAGCACCUGCCCAAAACAUGUCUGCCUGUCUAAGCGAUCAUAAUGAUGCCUGAGAUCAUGAAGUGGGGCGUGGUGGGGGAGAGCUGGAAAUAAAAAUGCUAAUAUUAUAAUGGCCAUAUAAA